GCCGAUGUUUCCCGAAGGCAGAGUCGCCCGAGAGCAAAGGGGACAGAGGGGACGGAGCGCGUCGGAAAGAGCCGAAAAGAGCCGACGUUACCCGAGCGCGGCGUCGCCCGAGUUUCCCGGAUGUAGUUGGAGGAGCGGCGGCGGCGGCGGCGGCGGGCGCAGCGGGGGGAGGAGGCGGCCGCGGCGGCACCCACAGCGGCGGCCUCCGUGCUCCGGGGGCGUCUCAGCGGGCACGGGGCCGAGCUGCCGGCGUCUCCCCCUCCGGCCGCGAGCGGAGGAGAUGGGCCCGUGAGCGCUGCUCGCAGCCGAGCCGCCCCGAGCCGCCCCCCCCGCCUGCCUGCCUGCCUGUCCCCGGUCGGCGGCGAGGCGGAGCGCUGCCUCCCCCUCCUCCUCCUCCCCCCUCGGCGCCCGUGGCCCGGCCGCGGCCGUCGCCUCCUGGUGCCCUCACACUCACGCACACAGGCCGGGCAUUGAUGGUAAUGUAUGCGAGGAAACAGCAGAGACUCAGUGAUGGCUGUCACGACCGCAGGGGGGACUCGCAGCCCUACCAGGCUCUUAAGUACUCAUCCAAGAGUCACCCCAGUGGUGGUGAUCACCGUCAUGACAAGAUGCGAGACACCACAGAUCCUUCACCACCAAAUAAAAUGUUGCGGCGCUCUGAUAGCCCUGAAAACAAAUACGGUGACAACACAGGGCACAGUAAAGCAAAAAGUGUGCAUACUCACAGAGUUAGAGAGAGGGAUGGUGGGACCAGUUACUCUCCACAAGAAAAUUCACAUAACCACAGUGCUCUUCAUAGUUCAAAUUCACAUUCUUCUAAUCCCAGCAAUAAUCCAAGCAAAACUUCUGAUGCAGCUUACGAUUCUGCGGAUGAUUGGUCUGAACACAUCAGCUCUUCAGGCAAAAAGUACUAUUACAACUGCCGAACAGAAGUUUCACAGUGGGAAAAACCAAAAGAAUGGCUGGAAAGAGAGCAGAGGCAAAAAGAAGCAAGCAAAAUGUCAGUUAACAGUUUUCCAAAAGAUAGGGAUUACAGAAGAGAGGUGAUGCAGGCGACAGCUGCCAGUGGGUUUGCCAGUGGAAUGGAAGACAAGCAUUCCAGUGACGCCAGUAGUAUGCUCCCACAGAAUAUUUUAUCUCAAACAAGCAGGCACAAUGACAGAGACUACAGACUGCCAAGAGCAGAGACUCACAGUAGUUCUACUCCAGUACAGCAUCCCAUCAAACCAGUGGUUCAUCCAACUGCUACCCCAAGCACUGUUCCUCCUAGUCCAUUUUCUCUACAAUCUGAUCACCAGCCAAAGAAAUCCUUUGAUGCUAAUGGAGCAUCUACUUUAUCAAAACUGCCUACAUCCACAUCUUCCAUCCCUUCACAGAAAACAGAGAGAAAAGAGUCUACAUCCGUGGACAAGUCUGUAUCCCAUUCUUGCACAACUCCUUCUACAUCUUCUGCUUCUGGACUGAAUCCAGCUUCUGCACCUGCUUCAUCUGCUCCUACAGUUCCUGUCUCACCUGUCCCACAAUCACCAAUUCCUCCAUUACUUCAGGACCCAAAUCUCCUUCGACAGUUGCUGCCUGCUCUGCAAGCCACAUUGCAGCUUAAUAAUUCUAGCGUAGAUAUAUCCAAAAUCAAUGAAGUUCUAACAGCAGCUGUGACACAAGCCUCUCUGCAGUCUAUACUCCAUAAAAUUCUUACGGCUGGACCAUCUGCUUUCAAUAUCACUUCCCUUAUUUCUCAAGCCGCACAACUGUCUACGCAAGCUCAGCCAUCUAAUCAGUCUCCAAUGUCUUUAACAUCUGAUGCCUCAUCACCAAGAUCAUAUGUAUCUCCAAGAAUAAGCACGCCUCAGACUAACACCGUUCCACUUAAACCUUUGAUGACUACACCACCAGUAUCAUCGCAGCAGAAGGUGGUGGCUACUCCAGGAGUUAAACAAGGACCAGCUUCACAGUCAGCACCACAGCAGCCGGUGAUAGCUGACAAGCAAGCAGGCCAUGAACCUGCCUCUCCUCGAAGUCUUCAGCGCUCAAGUAGUCAAAGAAGCCCAUCACCAGGUCCAAAUCAUACCUCUAGCACUAGUGCAUCAAAUUCAACAUCUGCACCACAGAAUCCAUCUGUACGACCCACUUGUUCAUUAACACCUACGCUAGCAGCACACUUCAAUGAAAACCUUAUAAAGCAUGUUCAAGGCUGGCCUGCAGACCAUGCGGAAAAGCAGGCAUCAAGAUUACGGGAGGAAGCCCACAACAUGGGAAGUGUUCAUAUGUCAGAAAUUUGUACUGAAUUAAAGAAUUUAAGAUCUUUAGUUCGAGUAUGUGAAAUUCAAGCAACUUUGCGUGAGCAAAGGAUACUAUUUUUGAGACAACAAAUAAAAGAACUUGAAAAGCUAAAGAAUCAGAAUUCCUUCAUGGUGUGAAAAGUUGUAAACAAUUGCACAUGGUUUUGAGUACAGGAACUAUUAAACUGAUGCCCAGUCUUAACACUUUUGAGCUGCAUUUGAGUAGACUUUGGACCGUUGAGCUGGGCAGAAAAAAAGAUGACAUGGGGAAGGGGACAGGAGG